UGGUGUGUGUGUUUUUGCGAUAAGAGGUUGAUCACUCCAACAACCCACAGUACUAUCUUUCUUAUCCUUCUCUUCCUACCAACCAUGACCUCCGCGUCCGCCACGUGGACUCCCACCUCCCUCCAGCUCCGUCUCGCUUUGAGCUCCCGCGUUCGUUGGAAACCUCGCUCCGUCUACUUACAACCGACGCGGUUCGCUAGCAAAUCCGGUUUAGUAAUCGUCUGCGUUUCGCAGCGGACCGGAUCGGAUUCGUCGAAUCCGCCAGCCGAUGGUUUGGCUGGGUGGGACGAUUCCGGGAACGACGUCAGCUCUUCCACAGCCAAGAAGAAGAGUUUCGUUCAAGGUGUAGUGGGGGCUGGAGUCGCUGGAAUCGUUUUGGUUGCUGGGCUAAGCUACGCAGUAGCGUCUUUUAACAAGCGUAGUAAUAAUCCCAACGGCAAUUCAAUUUUGAGUGCAGGAGUGAAACAGGAAAUGCAGCCGUUGACUUCUCAUCAGGAAAGUGUGAUUUUAUCAUCUGAUGAAACGCCUAGUGAUGAAGGCAAGGUAGCGAAUAGUGAGGAAACAAAUUUUAAGGAGGAUGAGAUUCUAGAAAGUAAUGGUAUAGGCCAGCAAGGUGGUGAAGAUAAGAUACUUGGUGCUGAGGAUUCCUCAUUUGAUGGAACAGAUGCCACUGAAAAUAUCACUUCCCAAUCUGAUCCUGAGACACCUGAAAGUGAGAAAAUAAUUUCUGAGGUUGUAGAUUCACAAAGUAGUAAUCUUGAUGGUGCGGACAAUCCAACUUCUGAAGAUCCUUAUAGCGUUCCAGACACUGAAACAACCAAUGUGUCUGAUUUAGAAAAUCAAGCCAACAGUGAGAAAGUAGAUUCCAUGUCUUCUUUAUCUGACAGUUAUGCCACCGAGACUGUAGCUCUUGGCGUUUUGGUUCCUUCACAGUCAGAUUCGAGUUCAGAUCCUCAUACUGUGCCACUAUAUGAUACGAGGACAGAAUUCUCGACUAUGACUGAGGAUCUUUCUGAGGUAAACGGCACACCCGAGGACUUGGCUGCGGGAAGUACGUCAUCAGUCUCGGACAUAGAUACAGAGAAAGAAACUGAAUCUUCAAAGCCUCCUGUACCAGAAUCAACAUAUUGGUCAGAAAAUGAACUAAACAUGAAUAGUCAAGAUGAGCUUGGCGACAGGGGUUCACCUUUGGAGACACUUAGCGGUGGAAGUGCAUACUAUUCAGCAGGAAUUCCGGCACCGUCUAUACCUUUUCAAGUAAAUCCUGGGAAUAUUCUUGUCCCCGCAGCUGCGGAUCAGGUCCAGUGUCAAGCAUUUUCUGCUCUGCAAGUUCUGAAGGUCAUUGAGACAGACACUCAGCCUAGCGAUCUAUGUACUCGCAGAGAGUAUGCUAGGUGGCUGGUUUCUGCCAGCAGCGCAUUAUCAAGAAAUACGACCUCAAAAGUGUAUCCUGCUAUGUAUAUAGAGAGUGUUACUGAGCUUGCUUUCGAUGAUAUUACUCCUGGAGAUCCUGAUUUUUCAUCCAUUCAAGGGUUGGCAGAAGCAGGACUUAUCACGAGCAAACUUUCUAACCGAGAUUUGUUUAACGACAUUGAAGGCACAUUGUUGUUUUUCCCCGAAAGCCUUCUUUCACGCCAGGAUCUUAUAAGCUGGAAAAUGGCCUUGGAGAAACGACAGCUUCCAGAAGCUGACAAAAAGGUUACAUAUCAGCUUGGUUUUUCUGUUGACAUUGAUAAGAUAAACCCAGAUGCAUGGCCUGCCAUUAUAUCAGAUUUAUCUUCUGGGGAACAAGGAAUCGCUGUCCUUGCAUUUGGUUAUACAAGAUUGUUUCAGCCUCAUAAACCCGUAACUAAAGCUCAAGCUGCCAUUGCUCUUUCAAACGGUGAGGCUUCUGUCAUAGUCAGUGAGGAACUGGCACGCAUCGAAGCAGAAUCAGCCGCUGAAAAGGCCGUGUCUGUACAUAACGCCCUAGUUGCAGAGGUCGAAAAGGAUAUCAACGCCAGCUUCGAGAAAGAGCUUUACAUAGAACGAGAAAAAAUAGAAGUGAUCGAGAUAAUGGCGGAACAGGUUAAAGUGGAGCUGGACCAGCUGAGGGAGAAGAGAGAGGAAGAGAGUCUGGCGUUGGUGAAAGAACGAGCUGCGGUUGAGUCAGAAAUGGAGGUGCUCUCAAGGUUAAGACGUGAAGCUGAAGAGAAGCUGGAGGCUUUGAUGAGGAACAAGGCUGAGAUAUCUUUUGAGAAGGAGAAGGUUUCGAGUCUUCGAAAAGACGUUGAAGAAGAGAGCCAGCGGAUUACUAAGUUGCAGUAUGAACUAGAAGUUGAGCGUAAAGCCCUGUCCAUGGCCAGAUCAUGGGCCGAGGAGGAAGGAAAGAGAGCUAGAGAACAAGCAAGGGCCUUAGAAGAGGCUAGGAAGCGAUGGGAAACAAAUGGACUAAGAGUUAUUGUUGACAAAGACCUUCAAGAGGAUGUAGAACAGAGCGUAUUGCUUAACACUAUAGAGCCAUCCUCGGUUUCUUCAACCGAGGAGAGGGCUCAAACACUAAUGGAUAAGCUCAAGGAGAUGGCAGAAUCUCUGGGAGGAAAAUCACGGGAAGUGAUCUUCCUUGUGAUGGAGAAAAUACAUUUAUGGAUUAUGGUUUUGAAGGAAUACGUAGAGAGUUUAGGGAAGCGAGCUGGAAAGAUGAGAGAGGCAGCCAUUGUUAGUGCAAAAGGAGCAGUGAAGGAGGUUGAGAAAGGGACAGCUCAGGUGGGUGAUAAGGUGAAGAGAGUGGCUGAGGAGUGUAGAGAUGGAGUUGGGAAGAUCUCUCAGAGGUUCAAGACCUGAGAUAAGUUCUUAAACUUUGCUAUCGUUUGUAAUUUUGUUUCCUUCAAAUAAAAGUAAAAGAUAAUAAGAUGGUCAUAAAAUUUGACAGUGUUGGUCAGUGAUGAUGAGAAUUCAAAACUGUAACAUUUUGUAAUCUUUGUGAUGUGCUUACUAACACUCUAGUUCAACACGUUACAGCUGCCUCGGCAUGGUACA